CCGUCUGCGGAGGCCAUCUGUCUGCCGGGCGCUCGGCGCAGAGCUCGCACUCUCGCUGCUGCCGAUGGAGACCAGGCUGGAGCUGGACGUUCUCAUCUACCCCGACGAGGUGAGGGUGGCCACGCCGGAGGACUUCAGGGAGUGGGAGCUGGAGACGGCCAGCCAGGUGUCCAUCCCCACCGUCCGGCUCUUCGUGGCGCUUUACCCCUACAACCCCGCCGCCAUGUCGCCCAACCCGGAGACGGCCGCGGAGGAGCUGCCGUUCGUGCCGGGCCAGAUCAUCAAGGUCUGUGGAGAUAAAGACGCUGAUGGCUUCUACCACGGGGAGUCCGGCGGGCUGUCCGGCUAUGUGCCGGGGAACAUGGUGGCUGAGAUCCCGGUGGAUGACGAGUACCUGAAGCAGCUGCUGCUGCAGCAGGGGUUCCUCCCCGUGGACCCCGAAGGAAUGACGCUGACGCCGGAGGUGAGCGAGGUGGCCACCCUCUCCCAGGACGUGGUGGUCCGUCGAAUGGUGGCCAUGUUCGACUACGAUCCCUGGGAAAGUUCGCCCAACAUGGACAGCGAAGUGGAGCUGGGGUUUCGAGCAGGAGAGAUCAUUUACGUGCUGGGAGACAUGGAUCGAGAUGGUUUUUACUACGGCGACCUGCACGGACGGCGAGGCCUGGUCCCGUCAAACUUCCUGCAGCUCUUACCGUGGGAUUAGCGACGUGCUCCACGCUCACAAGCUUUCGAAUGCCAACUCUGAGACACUGCCACGGUUUUGUUUUUCCCAUAUUCAGACCUUAGCUAUACCAGGGUUUUCUUUGUCAAAAGUAAAUAUUUUCUAUUUUUAUAUGCUAGUGCAGCUACACAUCCGCUUCAGCUAAAGCUAAUGAGCGCAGUGAGACAACAGUUUCAAUCCUUUGGUGAUCAUUUUAUUACUUUAAUGACUUUUUUUGUGAGAAAACACCCCAAAAAAUGACAGAAAAAAAUAAAAAAAAACAUCAAAAAUAAGUAUUUUUUUCUCCUUUGGUUAAAUUUACAUAAUUUUUACUGUUACAAAAGUCACGUUUACAGACAGAAGUCUCUGGUGGUGAUGAAUAGAAUCAUUUAGCCUUAACAACACACUCUUAGUGUCUGUUUUACAGACUAGAGUGAAUCACUGAAGGAAGUCAAUGUAUGCCUUACAUCUUGUUUCCAUUUUUUUCUAUAACUGGCCCAUUUCAUAGUAGCAACCUUUUUUUUUUUUUAGUUUUGCAGCAGAUUUUAUCUAAUAAAAUUGUCCAAAAAAAUAGACCAAAACAUUGUUUGAAAUAAAUAUUUUAAUGAAUUACAAAUAAACGGUCUUGAA